AUGUACACGGGCAUGCAGGCUGACUAUGCAGCUGCGGAUGAGACGAGCGGGAGUUUGUCAACCCCGCCUCGGCGGACGGGGGCGUCACAGCCUCCAAGUAGUGGUGAUCGGCCGAGCAUGGGCUCGGGGCGAGGCAAAGGUCGUGGUGGUGAAGGUCCUGAGAGGUAUGUGAUGGCUUCUGAAGGAAGCUCAGGUGCUGAACGUAGUGAAGGAGUGGCUGAGAGCAGUUGGGAAUGGGAGACCGACUCUUCGUGGUGGAGCCCUUCCGGAAGGUAUGAAAACUGGACUUGGGUGGGUCGCCAUAGCCACUCAGACCGGUCAAGUUAUGGCGGUGCUUACUAUGCCAACUGGGAUUGGGAGCGACCUUCCGACCCUUGGUGGGAUUGGUACAAUGAUCGACGUCAUCGAGAUCGUUCGGGAGUAUCUCAUGGCAGCGAUCAUGGAGAUCGUGAACAACCCGAUCAUAGAGGUUGGCGUGGUGAUCCUUGGAAUGAUUUGGAGGUGACCUCGCCGAAGUCAAUGCCAGCUGCGCGUGAUGUCAGCGGGGCCUUGCCGUCUGGUGAGAUGAGUUCUGUGGGUCAGCAGAAGGAGAACAAGGUGGCAGGUGAUCACCGCAACUCAAAAAUUUCUUCUUCGUACCCGCCCAUUUUUCGAGCGAAGCCUGGGGAGUCUUUCAAGGAAUGGAAGCGAUCAGUGGGCUUCUGGUUGGGCGGUGAAGCUGGUUCUCUUCCUGCAGAGCUCAUUGGUCCGAGGCUGAUGGUGCAAUUGAGGGACAGAGCGGGUCAGUUGGUGCACCAUCUGAGCAAUGAAGAUGUCAACAAGGCCAAUGGCAUGCAAUUGGUGAUGGAGACCCUGGAGAAGAGCCCAUUGAUCCGGCAACUCGACAAGCACAAGGUCGACAUGCAUCGCAAGCGCCUGAUGUCCUUGCGAAGGUUGCCACAAGAAAGUUUGGAGUCCUACGUAACCAGAGGUCAGCUCUAUCGCACUCAGUUGGUUGCCCUGGAUGAUGCGAUGCAGAUGGGUGAAUGUUUUUUCACUGGGCAUUUGCUGGAUGGAGCGCGGCUCUCGCGCAAGGACAAGGUGAUGAUUAAAACGAGAGCUGGCAGCGAUCGCGAGGUGGACGUGACCAACGCCAUGGUAGAGCUGGCCCCGGAGUUGGAAGGAGAGCAUGGCUUUCCAAUCGGCAAUUCUGAGCCGAAUGCCGCUGCACGCCAAGGCGAGGAGUUUCUCAUUCAGCGCCCUGAGAGCUCUCGCUUUGGCAAGAAGGAUGUCAACGCUGUCGAGCUCGACCCCUUUGCUGAGGAGAAUGUCGAGUUGGAUGAUGACGCUUCGAUGAUGCUGGAAGAGUUUGACCCUCCAGAACUGGUGCAAGCGGCCAAUGAGGCCUUUGCGUUGCAGCACAAGGCCAAGCAGCGCAUCAUGGAGGUGCGAAAGUUGAGACAAUACUAUCGUCGGCCAGAUCGUCCUGAGCAAGAAGAACGCCGACGAGCUUUGCAGGAGAAAAUGCGCACUUCGCCAUGUCACCGCUGCGGUGAAAUUGGCCAUUGGAGCCGAGAAUGUCCCCAGCGAAACAAUGCUGUGGCAGCCACCGCUGUGAAAGGAAGCCCUUCGGCAAAGACUGCUGAGGAUGAGUGGUCGGCUUUGGUGUCACUUUGUCAUCAACAGCCAAGUGUGGCAUCGUCCGCUUCGGUGGCAUACAAGGAGCGUUUUGUCGGGGUGAUCAAUCACGUUGGGGGCAUAGCUCAUGAAACGAUGUGGUGUCAGCAGGAACUUCGUUUACAUGUUAUUUUAGAUUUGGGAUGUGUGAAAUCGGUGGUUGGUUUGAGCUGGAUGAAUCAGUUGGUGAAAGAGUGGAAAAGUAAGAAUAGAUGGUUUGUGGUGCUCCCCGAGCAAGAGAAGUUCCAAUUUGGGAAUGGCGAAACGCUGACUAGUCAAGAGGCUCAGGUGAUCAAGAAGGUCAUGCCCAUGCCUGAAGUCGUUAUGGCGACGGUGCCUGCGGCAGCCAAGGCGAAGUCCUCCGCAGACAAGCCAGUGGACGAACCGAAGGUCGUGAUUUGUCGCCUUUGCGGGGAUCCAGGUCACCGAGCCAAAGAAUGUCACAUGUUGGAGCAAUUGGUGAGCGAGACGGAAGAGGAGGAGAUGAAGGUCGAUCAGGGCUAUUUGGAGCGAACUCGGAAGAAGAUUCAUUCUCGCCGCUCCUCUCGAGCUGCACCCCAACCCAAGAGCCCGAGGACGAGCACCGAGCAGCAUUCGACUUCGGAGUGGGAGCUCAUGCAGGGGCUUACCAAGGACGAGAUCGCCCUGAUCACCAAGCGCAGGGAGAAGGCGGCCGUCACCCGAUCCAAGCAGCAGGCCAAUCGAGCCCUCACGGGCGAGCAGGCGAACUUCCCGAGCCUCUCUCACAUGUGGUCUCAGGAGGUAGCAUUGAACAUGGUGUUUGCAAUGGGCUCUCGCAUGAGGACUUUCCUAUGGAAGAAGCUCCUUUGGCAGCUGAGGGUGAAGUCCGCCGUGGAUCGCAUUCAGGGUGCCCGCUGGAAGCGCAACCCACGAUGGUUAGCAAUGUUGCUGUCCAAGGAAGUGGGUGCGAUCUGGGGUCAUUACGGAGCACUUCGUCAGAAGUUGAACAACCCGGACAUUCUGUACCUGAUGUGA